UGAUCCAUAGACGAAGCUUACCGAGCAUAGCAUGACUGAUCCUCGCUUUGAUACGUCCAAGUGGGCAGCUGAAGAUGCCAAUGGGACAGCAGUGGCUCUCGCUGGCCCAUCGUCCUCCUCGGCUUCUCCCUCGGGCUCACGGUCACCCUCACCCUCUGCCUCCCAAGCUUCAGAGGACGAUGGCAACGAUGACCCAGCCGAAGGGCCAACGGUCACCCCUCUCACGCCUCACGAGCUCGAAGCAUUUCAGCGCAAGCAGAAGAAGAGGGGCAUUGUUUACAUCUCUCGUAUCCCACCUGGCAUGACUCCGCCCAAGGUCCGACACUUGCUGAGUGGUUAUGGCGAGGUGGAGCGCAUCUAUCUCCAGGACGGGAGGAAGAAAGAGAGGGAGGCAGAGGCUGGUCGGAAGCUAGCUAGGAGGCAUACAAGUUUCACCGAAGGCUGGGUAGAGUUUUCCAAGAAGUCGGUGGCUAGGGUAGUGGCCGAAUCACUCAAUGCCCAGCCCAUUGGUUUCACACGAGGUGGGAGGUCAUCGAACAAGAAUGCCAAGAGGUGGAAGGACGAUGUGUGGACGUUGAAGUACCUCUCUGGUUUCAAGUGGCAUAUGCUUAGCGAGCAGAUGGCUCACGAACGAGCAGCACAUGCCUCACGCCUACGCACCGAGCUCUCGCAGUCCAAGUUCGAGCAGCAAGACUACCUUAAAAAGGUAGAGCGAGCGCGAGUGCAGAAGGACAAGGAGGAACGGCGCAGGCAGAGAGCACAGAAGGCUGGAGCAGUAGGGGGGGAUGGGAUCGGCAGUGUCGGAGGUGGCUCUGCUUCAGCGGGUACUCCUGCGAAGACAGUUGGGCCCGGCGGCAAGACGAGGACUUUCAAGCAGCGUCAGCCCGUCUCGAGGGAUGUGAGGGAUCAGAGGGACGGCGCAAGCGGAGGCAAGAAGAGGGCAGCUCCUGGCGAGGGUGGAGCAGAGGAGAGGAGUGGGUCCAAGAGGAGUAGAGGUGGAGAGAGCAGCGCUCUGGACGGUGUCCUAAGCAAGCUGCUUUGAGAAGAAGGGACUGGCCGCUGAGCUCACUGUCAUACCUGGCUCCUUACUACUGUCACAAUGCGAUCCAAUCAACCUCGUG